CUUCCUUAUACGUCUCCAUUCUUCAUCACCAUAUAACCUACAAGAGCCAAAUGAAAAACUCCACCAUCUCCUAAGAAACAAAAGUACAUUUCAAAGAACUCUUAAAUGGCAAACCAAACAUGUUUAUUACAUGUAGUGAUGAUCAUCACUGCUUUGUUUCUUUACUCAGCACCUAACGUCCAUGGCUGGGGUAUUGAAGGCCACACCAUCACCUGCAGAAUCGCUCAGGCUAGGUUGGAUGAAACUGCAGCAAAGGCAGUGAAAGAGCUGUUACCUGAAUCUGCACAAGGAGACCUGUCAAGCUUGUGUGAUUGGGCUGAUCGUGUCAAGUUCAGAUACCAUUGGUCUUCUCCUCUUCAUUACAUCAACACACCUGAUGUUUGUUCCUACCAAUACAAUAGGGACUGCAAGGACGAAGAUGGAGUGAACGGAAGAUGCGUUGCAGGAGCCAUCUACAAUUACACCACACAGCUUCUUAGUUACAACACUGCAGCUGCAUCGACGCCACAAUACAACUUAACAGAGGCCCUGCUCUUCCUGUCUCAUUUCAUGGGUGAUAUCCAUCAGCCUCUACAUGUGAGUUUUGCUUCGGACAAAGGAGGGAACACCAUCGAAGUGCAUUGGUACACGAGAAAAGCUAACCUUCACCAUAUUUGGGAUUCCAGUAUUAUCCAGACCGCUGAAGCAGAUUUUUAUAACUCCGAGCUAGAUGGCAUGGUGGAUGCAAUCAACAAGAAUAUCACGACAGAAUGGGCAGAUCAAGUCAGUAGGUGGGAGAGUUGCACAAGGAAGACAGCAUGCCCAGACAUCUAUGCAUCCGAGGGAAUCAAAGCAGCUUGUGACUGGGCAUAUAAAGGAGUAACGGAUGGAGAUACUCUAGAAGAUGAAUACUUUUACUCACGCCUGCCAAUAGUGUAUCAGCGCUUAGCACAGGGAGGGGUGAGACUAGCAGCUACACUUAACAAGAUCUUCGGCGGAAGCUGAGUUUAUUAGCAUUUGAUUGUUACCGUCUUAAAAACU